AUGUAUAAUGCCGAGAAGCGUGGGAAGAGGCAAGUGAUGAUCAGGCCAUCUUCAAAGGUGAUCAUAAAGUUCCUUUUGGUGACGCAGAAGCAUGGGUAUAUCGUUGAGUUUGAGUAUGUUGAUGACCAUCGUGCUGGAAAGAUUGUUGUUGAGUUGAAUGGCAGGCUGAACAAGUGCGGAGUAAUCAGUCCUCGUUUUGAUAUUGGUGUCAAGGAACUUGAAGGGUGGACUGCUAGGCUCCUUCCAUCUCGUCAGGUCCGUUCCUUCGCCAUUCGUGCUUGUUUCUAA